AUGGACGCCCUCCUCAAACCGCUGGCAGACACACUGGCGAUGGCGCCGCCCUCAAAGUACUGCCAGGCCUUCUUCCUCGCGGCCGCCGCGUCCGUCCUGGCCCUCCAGCUCCUCCCGCGCGAAGCCCGGCGCACGCUCACGGACUACGGCGCUCGUCGACCGCGGCGCGCAUCGUCCCCGACGAGCUCUCGGUCACGGCUUGCAUCGGCGCUCAGCGAGCUGACGGCCGUGGGACAGGUGCCCCACGCGUACUUCUGGCACUUCUACCUGCUGUCCACUGGUCUGUCUGCCCUCUGGAUGUGGCAGUUCAUCACGCGCGGGUCCGUCGUGUCCUUCAUAGCAGAGAGGCAGGUCUCGCUGUCGGGAGAGGCGUCGGCGGCGGCGGGACGCGUGUUUCUCGCGUGGUUGAUGAUGGCGGCCCAAGGCGGGAGGCGACUCUACGAGUGUUUCUGGGUGCUGAAGCCCGGCCGCACGCCCAUGUGGUGGGUGCAUUGGGCGUUGGGGCUGGGGUUCUACGCGGCCAUGAGUGUUUCCGUGUGGGUGGAGGGGGCUCGGGCGAUGCUGGGACCGUGGCAAGCUUGCGCGACGGAUAUGCGCUUGACCGCGAGGGAACUGCUCACGCUGGCCGUGUUCCUUGGCGCGUGGUUUGAGCAGCACAGGUGCCACAGAUACCUGGCCAGUCUGAGAAAGUAUUCGCUUCCCGAGGGGGGCCUGUUCAAGCACAUUGUCUGCCCGCACUACACGUCCGAGUGUGUUGUAUAUCUGGCUAUUUCGAUCAUGGCAGCACCGCCUGGCAACGCGUUCAAUGUGUCCGUCUUGUGUGGACUGGCUUUUGUCGUGGCCAACCUUGGGUCUACGGCACAUGGCACCAAGGAGUGGUAUGCGGGCGAGUUUGGAGCCGACAAGGUGGGCAGCAAGUGGAGGAUGAUUCCGGGUGUAUUCUGA